CCCAUUCAGAAACAACCGGUACAUGAGAGAACAUGGCUGCGCAGGUGGCAACCACGAAGGUUCCGGAGGUGCGUGAUAUCACUCGGAUAGAGAGGAUUGGUGCACAUUCUCAUAUUCGUGGCCUUGGUUUGGAUGAUGCCUUGGAACCACGGCAGGUAUCGCAGGGGAUGGUGGGUCAGCUGGCAUCCCGGAGGGCAGCAGGGCUGAUACUUGAAAUGAUCAAAGAUGGGCAGAUUGCUGGUCGUGCAGUUCUUAUUGCAGGACAGCCUGGGACGGGCAAGACUGCUAUUGCUAUGGGCAUUGCUCAGUCCCUUGGCCCUGACACACCUUUCACUGCUCUGUCUGGGAGUGAGAUUUUCUCUCUGGAGAUGAGCAAGACAGAGGCUCUGAGCCAGGCCUUCCGCAAAGCCAUUGGAGUCCGGAUUAAAGAGGAGACAGAGAUUAUUGAAGGAGAGGUGGUAGAGAUUCAGAUCGACAGACCUGCUACAGGAACAGGUGCAAAAGUAGGUAAGCUCACGCUGAAGACAACAGAGAUGGAGACCAUCUAUGACCUGGGAAACAAAAUGAUCGAGAGUCUCAGUAAAGAGAGAGUACAAGCUGGGGAUGUGAUCACCAUUGAUAAAGCCACAGGAAAGAUAAGCAAGCUGGGCCGGUCUUUUACUCGUGCAAGAGAUUACGAUGCCAUGGGGGCACAGACACAGUUUGUGCAGUGCCCAGAGGGAGAGCUGCAAAAACGGAAGGAGGUAGUUCACACAGUCUCACUUCAUGAAAUUGAUGUCAUCAACAGCCGCACACAGGGAUUCCUUGCCUUGUUUUCAGGCGACACGGGAGAGAUUAAGUCAGAGGUUCGGGAGCAGAUCAAUGCUAAAGUCUCUGAGUGGAGAGAGGAAGGCAAAGCUGAGAUCAUUCCUGGGGUUCUCUUCAUAGAUGAAGUCCACAUGUUGGAUAUAGAAUGCUUUUCUUUCCUAAAUCGUGCUUUAGAGAGUGAUCUCUCACCUGUCCUCAUCAUGGCCACUAACCGAGGCAUCACCCGCAUUAGAGGCACCAACUACCAGAGUCCUCAUGGUAUUCCCAUAGACAUGCUUGACCGUCUGCUGAUUAUUGCUACAACCCCCUACACUGAGAAAGAGACCAGACAGAUCCUGAAGAUUCGGUGUGAGGAAGAGGAUGUAGAGCUCAGUGAGGAGGCACACACAGUUUUAACACGUAUUGGACAGGAGACCUCACUCCGCUAUGCCAUACAGCUCAUCAGUACUGCAGGCCUGGUGUGCCGCAAACGCCGGGGCACGGAAGUUCAAGUGGAGGACAUAAAGAGGGUCUACUCUCUUUUCCUGGAUGAGUCUCGCUCCUCACAGUACAUGAAGGAGUACCAGGACUCCUUCCUCUUCAACGAAACACAAUCCCCUCAGAUGGAUACCUCGCAAUGAGCGGAACUGUGGAGAGGCAUGUGAAGAACCUCCUGUGAAGUUCAGCUACACUUGUGACCUCGCCCCUUGCAGAGCCAUCAUAGAAAUGUUCAGUCUUUAAGUGUAUUUGUUCAUAAUUUUAGUUUUCUCUCUUUCUCUCAUAUAUUUUAUGUUUUGCAUUGAAUAAUAAUAAUAAAUAAUAAUAAAAAAAUGAUUUCUGAAGAAUUUAUUCUUGUUUUGCUUUAUAAAAUGGCAAC